UGGACAGCAUUUGGCAAGGAUGGCACUGCUGAAAGUCAAAUUUGACCAGAAGAAGCGGGUCAAGUUGGCCCAAGGGCUCUGGCUCAUGAACUGGCUCUCCGUGUUGGCUGGCAUCAUCGUCUUCAGCUUAGGGCUAUUUCUGAAGAUUGAACUCCGGAAGAGAAGUGAUGUGAUGGAUAAUUCAGAGAGCCAUUUUGUGCCCAACUCCUUGAUAGCGGUGGGGAUGUUGUCCUGUGUCUUCAACUCUCUGGCUGGCAAGAUCUGCUAUGAUGCUCUGGACCCUGCCAAGUAUGCCAAGUGGAAGCCCUGGCUGAAGCCAUACCUGGCCGUCUGUGUCCUCUUCAACAUUGCCCUCUUCCUUGUGGCUCUCUGCUGUUUUCUGUUGCGGGGCUCAUUGGAGAGCACCCUGGACCAAGGGCUCAGGAAUGGCAUGAAGUACUAUCGGGACACAGACACCCCUGGCAGGUGUUUCAUGAAGAAGACCAUGGACUUGCUGCAGAUCGAGUUCAAAUGUUGCGGCAACAGUGGCUUUCGGGACUGGUUUGAGAUUCAGUGGAUCAGCAACCGCUACCUGGACCUUUCCUCUAAAGAAGUCAAGGAUCGCAUCAAGAGCAAUGUGGAUGGGCGGUACCUGGUGGAUGGUGUCCCUUUCAGCUGCUGCAACCCCAACUCACCACGGCCCUGCAUCCAGUACCAGCUUACCAACAACUCAGCCCACUACAGCUAUGAUCACCAGACUGAGGAGCUCAACCUUUGGCUACAUGGCUGCAGGGCUGCCCUGCUGAGCUACUAUGACGGCCUCAUGAACUCCAUGGGUGCUGCCACACUCCUUGUCUGGUUCUUUGAGGUAACUGUCACAGUUGGGCUGCGCUAUCUGCAUACAGCACUGGAAGGUGUAUCCAAUCCCGAGGACCCUGAGUGUGAGAGUGAGGGCUGGCUGCUGGAGAAGAGCAUACCUGAGACCUGGAAGGCCUUUCUGGAGAGCUUGAAAAAGCUGGGCAAGGGCAACCAGGUGGAAGCUGAGGGUGCAGAUGCAGGCCAGGCCCCUGAGGCUGGCUGAUGGCCCUUGCCCUGCCCCUCCUGAACACUGAGUAGUGGACUCCAGGAAAUGCGGAUUCCUCCCUUGUCCAACUGAAAGUCUGAUCUCCCAAGAAGGCUGGCCACCUCUCAGAGACUCUUGUCUCUGGGAGACAAGAAGUUUAGGGUCCCCAAAGUGUGUGGCAAACACUUUUUGAAUGACUCCAAAUGUGAAUAAAAGAGGCCCAGCAGGCUCCCUGCCCUGGGAUGUGCCCUUAUGAUGGACUCACGGCCUUUCUGGUGAUGACUAGCCAGGAUUUAUGCUUCUCCUAGCACAUUAAUCCAGUCUCAACAUCUUUAGGUAUUGACCACACCUGAGUGCUGCUCCUCCUUUAGUUUGGCUGUUAUGAGCUCCAAGUUGCUUUAUUUUAAAUCUAAAGCAUCAC